AUUGCUUAACACAUCUCAUUAUUAUUAUUAUAACUCUCUUUCUAUAUAUAUAUAUCAUCUCAUUUUUUGUGAUUUAUAUCCUAUAGUUCACUGUUGAUUUCAUAUUCUAAUUGGAAGAAAAUAUGAAGGAAAAUUCAAUAGAGAAGUUUUUCAUGUUGCCAUUCUUUAUAGUGUGUGGUUCUGAGUCAAGUGUUGCAGUGUGUACCAACAGCCAAACAAAGAAUUCAUCACAAAAAACAAAAAGACAAGAAGGAGAAGAGAGGUUAUCAAGUGUAAAAAUGAAGAGCUUUUGGGGAUUUUGGGCCAUGACAAGGCCAAGAUUUUCACAAAAUAUGCAAAGAUUGAAAAGACAUUUCAAAGCCCCAAAAGAAGAGGUAGAAGAAGAGGAAAUGGAGAUAGAAAUAGGAUAUCCAACAGAUGUGAAACAUUUAACACACAUAGGAUGGGAUGGAUCAACUACAAUUAAUCCAAUUAAAGGAUUGGAAAAUUUAAAACCACCUGAAAUUAUUUCAUUUUCAUCAAUUUCAAUUAAACAAUUUGAAAUUGCCAUGGCUAAUCAAGCUGGUGGAACUAUAGGUGUUAUUAAUAGCAACAAUUGUGCUUGAUUUUUGAAAAUUUUUAAUUGUAACUUUCUAUUGCUUUUCAUUUAAUAUUCUCUCAGCUUA